CGUAGACAAUGAGAAGGACCUUAUCGGCAACUCCCACGAAGUGGAUAUGAGUUUAAACCCAGGUUCGUUGACGACGCAAGGGAAAUCUUAUGUACCAGUGCAGUCUAUUGAUCACCCUCAAACACAAUUGUCCAACACUGAAGUUUUUGGUGACCUAACUAAUCUACACAAUAUUGGGCUCAAUGAUCGUAGAACACAAAGAUGUCCGAUAUUGGCUGUGAGAAGGACAACAACCCACUCAGGAAGUACUGAAGAAAACCCAACAUCGUUCACACAACUGCUUCGGUCGAUGGGAUCACAGGGUAGUUUUUUUGUUGGAUCUCCUAAUUAUAUGGAAUCACAAAAAGGUUUAAUCGGAGCUGGGCUAACUCCAACUAUGGGUAAUAUACCAGGUACAACUAUGAGGAAUGACUUGAAUUGUGAGAUCUCAAAUGGUCAACUAGCUAAUCAGAGAGUUGCGAGAACACACAGGCAUAACAUUCUUAUUCAGAAGAGGAAUUCUUCUGAAGCACAUAAUGGAAGCGCUUUAUUAAAUAGAAAGUCAGAUAUCAAAGCGAAAGAGAGAGAAAAGAUGACUAUUUCAAGUCUCCAACUGCCAGGGAGGGAGCCAAAGACGAGGAAAUAUGACAAGCAUGUUAGUGUUGAGGAUGAUGACUCUUUUGAACGUCCUUUUUAUCAGGAACAAGUAAAGCGGCAACCCUAUGUCACUCCCCAGUAUAGCCAAAGCUUCAAUGAACCCAGUUGUUCAUCGUUCACAAGCUUGCUGCAAUCCAUGCUUACACAGACCACUUCUAUGCCUGGAAAACCAGAUUUAAGUCAAUCUACUAAUGGAUGUCCAAGACUUAAUAAUACUCAAAUUAAUGUUACAGGCAAUUCGGUCUUGUCAUCAAUUGACUCAGAUUCAGAAGAAAGCUGUGACGGUUUCUGGGAGGAAGACACAGCCAAUGCUAAUAAUGUUUAUCAGCACAAUUCUGAUACUGAGACCGAUGAUGAAAAUGAAUAUCAUAGAGUGAAGGACAACAGGGAGGCAUACAAUGUUGGGAACAAUUUAGAAAACUAUAAGCAGAAAUCUACAAAGGGAGAUUGUUCUUCAACUGAUUCUCCUACAGAAGAAGACUACAAAGAUGAUGGAGAUAUAGUACACGAAUGUCCUAAAUGUGGAGCACUCUUUUUAAAUAAUGAACGGAGAAGUAAAAAUAGGAAAACAAGAACACCUAUUUUUAGUAUGUGUUGUCUCCAAGGAAAAAUCAAGGUUCCAAUUUUGAAGGAACCUCCAACAUUACUUCACAGCCUUCUCACUAAUGAUGAUGUUGUCAGUAAGCAUUUCCGUGAAAAUAUUCGACCAUUGUACAUGAUGUUCUCAUUUACGUCACUUGGAGGAAAAAUUGAUAAUUCAGUCAACCAAGGUAAAGGCCCCAAGGUUUUCAAAUUACACGGAGAGAAUUAUCAUUUGAUUGGGAGUGUAAAACCAAAGCGGGAUGAGUCAGCGAAGUUCUUACAGUUGUAUAUACAUGAUACUGAGAACGAGGUUCAGAAUAGAAUAGCAGCUUUGAGUGGCAAGUCAGAUUCCAGCAAAAUAAGGGGCGACUUGGUGGACUCUAUUAUGAAAAUGCUUAGGGAGUGCAAUGUUCAUGUCCAGACGUUCCGUAAUUCUAUGGACAGAUUCAACGAUGAAGAUGAAUGUCAAGAACUGUCACUGGUUCUAAUCCACGGCCGUGAAAAGGAUGGGCGAGUUUACAAUCUCCCAACUACCUCCGAGGUUGCAGCUUUAGUGGUCGGUGAUUUUACGUUAAAUAUGGACAAAAGGGAUAUUAUUUUGGAAAAAAAUUCGGGAAAGCUAAAAAGGAUCAACGAGUUGCAUCCUUGCUAUCUACCACUUCAGUAUCCCCUGAUUUUUCCUUAUGGAGAGGACGGUUUCCGUUUAGGUAUCAAAAACGGUUUUACCGGAAUAACCAAAAGAAAGAAACCAAAUAUCAGCAUGAGAGAAUUCUUUGCCUAUCGUAUACAAAUUCGUAAGGUUGGAUCCCAGGUACUUCUUCUUUCAAGGCGUUUACUUCAGCAGUUUCUGGUUGAUGCUUAUACAAUGAUUGAAAGUCAUCGCCUUCGAUACAUCCGGAAAAAUCAAUCAGAUUUAAGGACGUUAAGUUAUAGUAAGUUUGUGUCUGCAUCAAACAAUGGUCAUUCUUCGCUGCCUAUAGAGGGAAAUCGAAUUAUCAUCCCAUCAUCCUUUACAGGUGGUCCAAGAUAUAUGCAUCAGAUGUAUUUGGAUUGUAUGUCUAUAUGCAAAUACUAUGGUUUUCCAGACCUUUUUAUUACAUUUACAUGUAAUCCAAAGUGGCCAGAACUGACGAGAUAUUUUCAAAUAUACAAUCUUAGAUCAGAAGAUAGACCAGAUUUGUGUUGCAGACUAUUCAAAGUAAAGCUUGAUUGUUUGAUGGAUGAUCUAACAAAGAAACAUUUGCUUGGCAAAACCGUUUCUGAGUUCCAAAAAAGAGGUCUUCCCCAUGCCCAUAUUUUACUCUUCAUGGAUCCAACAGCCAAAAUUCCAAGUGCCGAAGAUAUUGAUCGGAUAAUAACUGCUGAAAUUCCUGAUAAAAAUGAAGAACCUAGACUGUACGAGGUUGUAAGGGACACAAUGAUUCAUGGUCCCUGUGGUAUGGUCAACAAGGAUUCUCCAUGUAUGCAAGAUGGCCGCUGUACCAAAUUUUUCCCUCGGAAGAUAGUAGAGAAAACUAUUGUCGAUGCACAAGGAUAUCCGAUUUACCGUAGAAGAGAAGGAGGUUCUACAGUUGAGAAAAGAGGAAUACAAUUGGAUAAUAGGUUUGUUGUUCCCUAUAACAAGCAGCUUAGUCUUCGUUAUAAAGCAAAUAUCAAUGUUGAGUGGUGUAAUCAAGCCAGAUCUAUUAAAUACUUAUUUAAGUAUAUCCACAAAGGGCAAGACUGCAUUACAGCAACCAUUACUCAGAAAACAAAUAAGGAGUCAGAUAGGGCGGAAACCAACGACAAUGGUGGGAAUCCAGGUGUGAAUGUAAGCAACGGUGGAGGUGAUGUAGGUGUAAACAUAAAUGGAGAUGCCCAGGAACCAGCCGUUGACGAAAUUAAAAAUUAUUUUGAUGCCAGAUACAUAUCUGCUUGCGAGUCAACUUGGAGGAUUUGUGCAUUUCCAACUCAUUUUCGAACUACCCCUGUUGAGAAACUUACAUUUCAUCUAGAAGGUGAGCAGCCUGUAGUUUACAAGAAAGGUGAUACGGUGGAGACCGUUAUGGCUCGCAUGAGAGUAUCAAAGACCAUGUUCUUAGCUUGGUUCAUUGCAUGUGAAGAAUAUCCUGAAGCUAGACUAUUGACUUAUUCGGAAAUGCCGACGAGAUUCUUAUAUGAUGGGAAGAACCAAGUAUGGAAAAAACGGAAAAAAGGUUUUGCAAUUGGGAGGUUGCAGCAUGUUUGUCCAAGCAGUGGCGAAUACUAUUAUUUGAGGGUUCUGAUUAAUAAGAUUAAAGGGCCACGGUGUUAUGAUGAUAUCAAGACAGUUGAUGGAAUCGUUCAACCAAGUUUCGAGAUUGCGUGUUAUAAGCUUGGUUUAUUAGACGAUGACAAAGAAUAUAUAGAAGGACUAAGAGAAUGUAGCUUUUGGGCAUCCGGUCAUUAUGUCCGGAAAUUGUUUGCGAGGAUGUUGCUGUCAGAGAGUUUAUCGUCGCCAAAACUGGUUUGGGAUUCAACGAAAGACAUACUAUCCGAAGAUAUUUUGUUCCUUGAGCGAAGGCAGCGUAGAAACCCGAAUCUGAUAUUGGAUGAAGAACAAAUCCUUAAUUGUACGUUAAUGCAGCUUGACAAGAUCUUACGCAGUAAGAAUAGUAGUUUGGAUAAAUGGAAGUCAAUGCCACAGCCGAUCGAUAACGAUCAGUCAAUAUCAUCUUGUAAUAGGCACUUACAAGAUGAAUUGAACUACCCAUGGGACGAGUUGCGUGCACAGCACCAAGAAUGGUUUCGACAGUUGACGGAUGAGCAGCGGGCUGUGUAUGAGCAGAUAAUAGGAUAUGUCGAAAGCAAUGCAGGUGGAGUUUAUUUUGUGUAUGGGUUUGGUGGAACAGGGAAAACUUUUUUGUGGAAUAUUCUCUCUGCUGCUAUCCGAUCUAGAGGUGAAGUGGUACUUAAUGUUGCUUCUAGCGGUAUUGCCGCUUUAUUGCUUCCUGGUGGAAGGACAGCUCAUUCCCGGUUCAGCAUACCCAUAAAUCCAGAUGAAUUCUCUACUUGCAAGAUACAACCUGGGAGUGAUCAAGCUGAAUUAAUAUCUAAAGCUUCUCUGAUUAUUUGGGACGAAGCACCGAUGAUGAGUAAGCAUUGUUUUGAAGCUCUAGAUCGCAGUCUGUGCGACAUUAUGAAGACUACACACAACAGACCAUUUGGUGGUAAAGUAGUUGUAUUCGAUGGUGAUUUCAGACAGAUCUUGCCUGUUAUUCCAAAGGGCAACCGAGCUGAUGUAGUUAUUGCUGCUCUUAACUCAUCGUAUCUGUGGAAAUAUUGCCAAGUUCUAGAGCUAACAAAAAAUAUGAGGCUUUCUUCAGAAGCUUUCUUCAGAACCAAAUAG